CCAACCAGACUACCACCUUAUCUAUAUGUGAUCUAAUGAUAUCCAAUGGAAAUCUAUUAAAUGUAUCAAAUGCUCCACUACUUCAAACGGCCAACUUCCAUGGCCUCCAUAUUCCUCUACUCACUACAGGUAGGAUCUUUUGACUCACUGGAAUAGUGUAAAUUCAGGACAUGUGCAAUCAUUCACUGCCCUCACAUAUUGAGCGAAGUAGGAUAUCAAGACUUAAACCUGACCUUUGAUAUAUGAAGUUGAGCUACUUACCAUUCGAGUUAACCCUGACGGUUAACCAAUGACAAUCCAUUCUGCUGAGUUCUUUCCUCACUGCCUUGCCUUUAGUACUCAGCUGCUGAUCAAACCCACUCCAUAUCCUCAUCACAAUUCUUUAUUGAGCUGCAUAAACCCUAGUCCUCAUGACAGUAUCACCAGAAACCCACCAAAAGUAGUGAAGGUUUGUGCUGAAACAAGACCUACCCUUUUGCAAUCUCAUGGUUGCAGAGAGACCCAUUUGAUCAAACUGCUCAAUAGGUCCUGCAAGUCAGGGAAAUUCAAUGAAUCACUCUACUUUCUUGAGUGUUUGGUGAAGAACAAGGGUUAUAAACCUGACGUGAUUCUUUGUACAAAGCUAAUGCAGGGCUUCUUCAAUUCCAAAAAUUUUAAAAAAGCAAUUAGAGUUAUGGAAAUUUUAGAAUCACAUGGUGAUCCUGAUGUUUUCGCCUACAAUGCUUUGAUCAAUGGCUUCUGUAAGCUAAAUCAGAUUGAAUCAGCUAAUCAAGUGCUGAAUCGGAUGAGAGAUCGAGGUUUUUCACCCGAUAUUAUCACAUAUAAUAUAAUGAUUGGAAGUCUUUGUAGUAGAGGGAAGCUGAGAUUAGCCUUGAAGGCUUUGGAUCAAUUGUUGGAUGAUAAUUGUGAGCCUACUGUGAUCACCUACACAAUCUUGAUAGAGGCAACUGUUCUUGAAGGCGGUAUAAAUGAGGCAAUGAAGCUAUUCGAUGAAAUGUUAUCGAAAGGGCUUCUACCGGAUAUGUAUACUUAUAAUGCAAUUGUUAGGGGAUUGUGUAGGGAAGGAAUGUUGGAUCGAGCUUUUGCCUUCGUUAGGAGCUUACCAGGUAAGGGCUUUAAACCGGAUGUGAUCUCAUAUAAUAUGUUGUUGAGGGCGAUAUUGACAGCGAGGAAAUGGAAUGAUGGUGAAAAGCUAGUAACUGAAAUGUAUUCCAUAGGUUGUGAGCCAAAUGUGGUUACUUAUAGCAUCUUGAUAAGCUCCUUUUGUCGCGAAGGCAAGAUUGAUGAAGCGGCUGAUGUCUUGAAGCUUAUGAUGGAGAAAGGAUUGAGUCCAGAUACUUACAGUUAUGAUCCAUUGAUUUCAGCACUAUGCAAAGAGGGGAAAUUGGAUUUGGCGAUUGAGUUCAUCGAUUGUAUGAUCUCAAAUGGUUGCUUGCCAGAUAUUGUGAACUACAAUACAAUUUUGUCUGCUUUGUGCAAGAAUGGGAAUGCUGAUCUGGCCAUGGAAAUCUUUGAGAAACUUAGAGAAAUUGGUUCUUGUCCUCCAGAUGUGAGUUCUUACAACACUAUGUUUAGUGCUUUGUGGAACAAUGGGGAUAGGACUCAGGCGUUGAGAAUGGUUUCAGAGAUGAUAGAGAAAGGGAUUGAUCCCGAUGAAUUUACAUACAAUUCGCUGGUGUCUUGCUUGUGCAGAGAUGGAAUGGUGGAUGAGGCACUCGAGUUGUUGGAAGACAUGGAGGGGAGUGGAUUUCAGCUAACGGUUAUAACCUACAAUAUUGUGAUUCUUGGGUUGUGCAAAGCUCAUAGAAUUAAUGAUGCAAUUGGCAAGUUAGCGGAGAUGGUGGAGAAGGGCUGCAGGCCAAAUGAAACCACUUAUGUUUUGUUGAUUGAAGGAAUUGGUUUUGCAGGGUGGCGGUCUGAGGCCAUGGAGAUGGCGAAUUCGCUCUUUGCAAUGAAUGCUAUUUCUAAAGAUUCGUUCAAACGUCUGAACAAAACGUUUCCGAUGCUUGAUGUUUAUAAAGAUAUUGUUAGUACAGGAAACUAGUAGUUUGUCAUUCAAUUGAUUUUGAUUCCUGUUUCUUAUGAGGGAAAUCUGAUCCGACUUUGUUUGA